GAAAUUUUUGAAAAUUUCACAAGAGCAAUAAUUGAACAAGUGCAAAACUAUGAUUGCUAAUACAUAUCCGAUAUGGUAUUAACAAACCGUCUUUAUUGACUAUGAAAGUCAACACCAAACACCACUAUCAACCCGUUGAGAUUUGAAGUAGAGCGAGAUAAGCGAGGACGAAGCAAUGGCGGCACCGAUGAUGAUGGGAUGCGAUGUGAAUCACCAAAGAGUAAAAGGCAACGGCAUAUGGAUGCAUGUAGCUGAGAAAGGAUCAGGGCCGUUGGUGCUGCUGCUCCAUGGCUUCCCGGAGACCUGGUUCUCAUGGCACCGUCAGAUGGAGUUCCUUGCCGGCCACGGCUACCACGCCGUCGCUCCCGAUUUGCGAGGUUUCGGCGACACCGAUGCCCCCCUCUCCCCUUCUUCUUACACUUGGCUGCACAUCGUCGGCGAUCUCAUUGCCCUGCUCGACCACUUCUCUGUCCAACAGGCGUAUGUGGUGGGGACGGACUGGGGAGCUGUUGCCGCUUGGUAUCUGAGCUUGCUGCGCCCCGACAGAGUCAAAGGAAUCGUAGCUCUUUCCGUUCCGUUUGCUCCUCGCUUUACUAACAUUAAACCCCUCGAAUCAAUGAAGCAAAUGUUUGGAGAUGACUUCUACUUCUGCCAGUUCCAGGAAGCAGGGAGAGCGGAGAGGGCGUUAGCGAGGUACGAUUGCGCGACGGUUAUGAAGAAGUUCCUGCUCAUUAACAAGACUGAGAUUCUCAUCGCGCCUCCCGGAACCGAAAUCAUCGAUUUCCUAGAAACGCCGUCGGUGACGCCGCCGUGGAUCACGGAGGAAGAGAUUCAGGUGUUCGCCGACAAAUUCCAGGAGUCGGGCUUCACGGGCGGUUUCAAUUAUUACCGAGCCCUAAACUUAAAUUGGGAGCUGCUAGCGGCGUGGCAAGGAUCGAAGAUCGGAGUUCCGGCGAAGUUGAUUGUGGGCGACAAGGAUAUGGGAUUCAAAAGCGGCGGUACAAAGGAAUACAUCGAGAGCUCCACCUUCAAAACCUUAGUCCCAGAUCAUGAGAUCGUCGUUCUAGAUGGUCAUCACUUCAUCCAUUUAGAGAGGGCCCACCAAGUUUCCCACGAAAUUUUAUCUUUCAUUCUCAAACUCUCUUGAUUCAUUAAUAAUGUACGAUUCCAAAUAAUAAUAAUGCUAUAUGUGAUCAGUUCGUUACUCAA